AGAGAUGGUGGACUACAUCGCGGACUACUUGCAGACUGUUCACACCCGCAGAGUGUACCCGGAUGUACAGCCGGGGUACAUGCGCAGCCUGGUCCCGGACAGCGCCCCCAUGGACGGGGAAUCAUGGGAAGACAUCUUUGAUGACGUAGAGAGGGUCAUCAUGCCUGGAGUUGUGCAUUGGCAGAGCCCACACAUGCAUGCCUACUACCCUGCCCUGAACAGCGGACCGUCUCUGCUGGGAGACAUGCUGGCUGAUGCAAUAGGUUGUAUCGGCUUCACCUGGGCCUCCAGCCCUGCCUGUACGGAGCUGGAGAUGAUAGUCAUGGACUGGUUGGGCAAGAUGAUCGGUCUCCCACCACAGUUCCUUUACUCCCUGUCGGAUGGAAAAGGCGGAGGAGUUAUUCAGGGGACCGUAAGUGAAAGCACGCUGGUGUCCAUGCUGGCGGCUCGUGCAGAAGCAGUGCGCAAGCUCAAAGAACAGGUCCCGGAUGCAGAGGAAAGUGACAUCACGGGCCGACUGGUGGCGUACUGUUCUGACCAAGCCCAUUCCCAAGUCCAGAAGAACUGUGUGGUUGCUCUGGUCAAGCUGCGUCAGCUGGACACGGACGAGAAGGGCCGGAUGAGAGGUGCUGACCUGCAGAAGGCUAUAGAUCAGGACAGACAGGAGGGACUCAUCCCCUUCUUUGUGUGUGCGACACUGGGCUCCACAGGAGCGUGUACCUUUGACAGUCUGGAAGAGAUCGGUCCCAUAUGUGACAGUGAGAACAUCUGGCUGCACAUUGACGCUGCCUACGCGGGGACGGCGUUCAUCUGUCCCGAGUACCGCUAUCUGAUGAAGGGGAUCGAGCUGGCGCACUCCUUCGCCUUCAACCCCAGCAAGUGGAUGAUGGUUCACUUCGACUGUACCGCCAUGUGGGUAAAAGACAAUGUGGCUCUACAACAAGCUUUCAUCGUCAACCCGUUAUAUCUGCGACACGAAAACUCAGGACAUGCUGUUGACUACAUGCACUGGCAGAUCCCCCUCAGCCGCCGCUUCCGAGCGCUAAAGCUGUGGUUCGUCAUCCGGUCAUACGGCAUCAGCGGCCUGCGGGACCACGUCAGGAAGGGCGUCAGGCUGGCGGAGCAGUUUGAGACGAUGGUUAGGAAGGACACGAGGUUUGAGAUCCCUGCACAGCGGAUCCUUGGCCUGGUCGUCUUCCGUCUUAAGGGUCCUGACUCCUUGACUGAGACGUUGUUGAAUCGUCUGAACAAGACGGGGAAGUUGUUCAUGGUUCCCGCUUCUCUCAAGGGCAAGUACAUCAUACGCUUCACGGUGACGUCACAAAACACCGCCGAGGCAGACAUCGUGUACGAUUUUGAGCUGAUACAGAAGAUGGCGUCCCAUGUCCUUAGCGGGAACGAGGCUGAACCUGACAUGGCGAAGUGGGACACAGAAACGUUCGUGUCGAAAGUCUCGUCAGCACCUGACGACAGUAACGGGAACCGGGCAGCACAGCGGGCGGGCAGGCGCCUCGACACCGCCGUAGUCAGGGUCCCGAGCGGACGCCGCACGGUCAUCGUUAAAAUCCCGGUCAAAAACCAGCGGAUUCAAGAUGGCGACCGCCCGGUCGAGAAGGACCUAGCCAACAUCUGCGGCUGCUCUUCUCUACUGAGCAGCCUCAUGAUGAGUAAAGACAACAAAGAACUGCAGUCUUCUAAAGAAGACGCCGUGGCGGCUGCAAAGAGGCGCGCGAUCUUCGAAGCCAAGGGAACUCAGACAUCGCUGGAAUGUGAGAUCAAAGUGAUGGGGAACGGCCUCCUCUCCGAGGCUAUCAAAAGCCUGUUGGUAAAUGCUAGUGAUCACGGUGAUGGACUGGUGACCCACUAGAGUUGUCCGUGUAGCCUUGGAGCCAGACUGUAGUCAGGAAAUCCUCGAGCUACAAUGUAGCAAUCUACAAUCCUCAGGGGGCUAGGGAAACUUUCUUCGGGGUAUGUUGACCCAGGGGCCGAAGAGCUCGCAUGUCUAGGCCCUGGUUACAGUCUGGCUUCGAGGAUAGUUGCAGAGAGACGCUGUUGUAGAGGUUGCCCAUAGCACGGGCAAGAGUUUCAGGUGAUAUGAAGCUACACGUAACAGAUUUAAUUGAUUGAAAAAUAACGUUAUACCCGUUCUAAACAUAUAUUGUCUCCACAUGACACUCUCUCAACGUUUGCCAAUCGUAAUCGUAAUCUGUGUUGUGUCUAAAUUUAGUUACUGAAUGUCCUUCAUGCUGAUUGGUUGUUAUAAAGCUAUAUCACCUUUAUGGUCGCAGCAAUCUUAUUCUUGCUUUCUUGGCACUAGCUUGCCUGUUAUUUGUUGUCAUGUUUAGGUUAGAAGUAAAAUGAAAGUAUAUAAUACAAGAUUUGGACUAUAUAGUCAUAAAGCUUCCAUAGAGAGAUGAUAUAUAUAUAUACUUACUUUACUUUAGACAGAUAUUAAACAGAUGAUAUCAGGAAAAAGACUAGAUAUUAAACUAAUAGACAGAUGAUAUUUGUGAAAAGUGUAACUGAAAAUAAUCAGGAUAUGUCGUGCAGAUAAAGCAUCAGGUGAUGGAUCUGGCAUCUAUAUCUAUAAAAAUGAAAACUUUAUGAGAUAAUACCCAAGUUAUUGUAACUAUAGGUAUUUUUAAACAAGUAAACAGCAUUAAGCAUUAGAUGAUUUGAGAGGUGAAAGACAAAAGUAAUAAGAAAGUUAGUAGAAAACUCGUAUGAGUUCAAUCGUGUGUUGUGUCACGUGUCUGUGUUACACGAUCUUUCACUGUCAGUGGUUGAUUGGGCCUCCUCCCCGAGAGCUUGUGUCCAGACACCUCUCACUCGUUUGAAUCUUUAACCAAUGGGAGCUUAGGAUUAUUGAUCACUUUGUAAAUCAGUCCAAUGGGAUCCCAGGCUUUUCAGAAACCAGUCAUCACCCACCCACCUGCACCAUGGUAACAGAGAGCUCUCAGUCUGACGAUAAUUAUUCCAUGUUGGCACCUUCAAGCUUCUAGGGGCCUGACCAGUGAAAAGUUUGCCGACUAGAAGCAUGUAUUAGUCAGAAUAGCUGUGUCAUGUUUUGUUGCUAGAAUGCUCUGUGUUCAGACAGUGACACCGACUUUGUUCAGCGAGAAGAUGUGGAAUAUCUAAUCUUUCAAUGACUAGUAUGUCACGGCGAAGUCAUUGAGGUUGAAUGUCGACGUAGACAAUGCGUUUGGUUGGUGCAUUUAUGAGCAAACUCCCGGCCCCGUGACCGUGCCUCUAGUAAACGUAACAAUGAGAUGUUAUCCGCGAAUAAGUCUAUCAGAUUGGUAAAUGACUGUAAAACAAAAUUCUCUAUCCACGAACACAUACAGCAUUUACAGGAACCGACGUUUCUUAGGUCAAUAAUGACAUAAAAGUGAUAUUUCGUUUGGGAUAGCACUUACCAAUGCAGUGACACCUAGCUGCAGUACAACAUAUGUUAGUUUAUUUAGAAUGGGUAUAUUUGUGAAUCGUCCCUAGUAUAAGAGGGAUCGGAGUCAGGUUAACAACAUAUUCACCCAGUCAUUAUUUCUCUAGGGAACAUGGCAGGCAGUCACCCAAACGCCGGCUCAUGUGAAUACUGUAUGUGGCUGUAAGUAGAUAACCUUGUUUUACAGUAAGUUGUCAUAUUGUUGUAAACUGUGUUAAGUGUGCGUAUUUAGUCUCUGAGUAUGGAGAUACAAGAUUAAUCUAUUGAAUAAUCCGGACAAGUCAAUGAAUAAAUGUGAGAUGUAUAUACUCCUUCUAGCACCUUUUCUUUCUGUCCUAAAAUGUGGGUAGACCUCAAGUUAAGUGAUAUACU